AUGUCUGACAAUCAGAGUUGGAAUUCCUCCGGCUCUGAAGAGGAUCCUGAGACUGAACUCGGGCUGCCUGUUGAGCUCUGUGGGGUACUCAGCAAGUGGACCAACUACAUUCAUGGGUGGCAGGAUCGAUGGGUAGUUCUGAAGAGCAACAUACUCAGUUAUUACAAGUCUGAAGAUGAAACGGAAUAUGGCUGCAGAGGCUCUAUCUGUCUGAGCAAGGCUGUUAUUACGCCCCAUGACUUUGACGAAUGCAGAUUUGAUAUUAGUGUAAAUGACAGUGUUUGGUACCUCCGAGCUCAGGACCCAGACCAUAGACAACAGUGGGUAGAUGCAAUAGAACAACACAAGACUGAAUCUGGCUAUGGAUCAGAGUUGAGUUUGCGACGCCAUGGCUCCAUGGUGUCUCUUGUUUCUGGAGCAAGUGGAUACUCUGCAACGUCCACCUCUUCGUUCAAGAAGGGCUAUAGCUUAUGUGAGAAACUUGCAGAAAUGGAAACCUUUAGAGACAUCUUGUGUAGACAAGUUGAUACUUUACAGAAAUACUUUGAUGCAUGUGCAGAUGCAGUUUCCAAAGAUGAACUCCAGAGGGAUAAAGUGGUAGAAGAUGAUGAAGAUGAUUUCCCUACAACACGUUCUGAUGGGGAUUUUUUACAUAACAGUAACUGCAGUAAGGAAAAAUUGUUUCCACAUGUGGCACCCAAAGGAAUUAAUGGCAUAGACUUUAAAGGAGAAGCUAUAACUUUCAAGGCAACUACUGCUGGAAUCCUUGCUACACUCUCUCAUUGUGUUGAGCUUAUGGUAAAACGUGAAGAAAGCUGGCAAAAAAGACUAGAUAAGGAGACAGAGAAAAGGAGAAGAAUUGAAGAAGCAUACGAAAAUGCUGUGACAGAACUUAAGAAAAAGUCCCAUUUUGGAGGGCCAGACUACGAGGAGGGUCCUAAUAGUCUGAUUAACGAAGAAGAAUUCUUUGAUGCUGUUGAAGCUGCUCUCGAUAGACAGGAUAAAAUGGAAGAACAGUCUCAAAGUGAAAAGGUCAGAUUACACUGGCCAGCAUCCUUACAUUCUGGAGAUGCAUAUUCUGCUGUGGGGACUCAUAGAUUCAUCCAAAAGCCCUAUAGUCGCUCUUCCUCCAUGUCUUCCAUUGAUCUAGUCAGUGCCUCUGAUGUUCACAGAUUCAGCGCCCAGGUGGAAGAGAUGGUACAAAAGCAUAUGACAUAUUCCUUGCAAGAUGUAGGAGGAGAUGCCAAUUGGCAGCUAGUGGUAGAAGAAGGAGAAAUGAAAGUGUACAGAAGAGAGGUGGAAGAGAAUGGAAUAGUUUUAGAUCCUUUGAAAGCAACGCAUGCUGUUAAAGGGGUAACAGGGCAUGAAGUUUGCCACUACUUCUGGAAUGUCGAUGUUCGUAAUGACUGGGAAACAACAAUUGAAAAUUUCUAUGUUGUGGAAAAUUUAGCUGAUAAUGCAAUCAUCAUUUACCAGAUGCAUAAGAGGGUGUGGCCAGCUUCUCAAAGAGAUGUGCUGUAUUUGUCUGCCAUCAGAAAGAUACCAGCAUUCAGUGAAAAUGAUCCUGAAACAUGGAUUGUGUGCAAUUUCUCUGUGGAACAUGACAGUGCUCCUCUGAACAAUCGCUGUGUCCGUGCCAAAAUAAAUAUUGCUAUGAUUUGCCAGACAUUAGUAAGCCCACCAGAGGAGAGCAAGGAAAUAAGCAGGGACAAUAUCCUAUGCAAGAUUACAUAUGUAGCUAACGUGAACCCAGGAGGAUGGGCACCAGCAUCAGUGUUACGGGCAGUGGCAAAACGAGAAUAUCCAAAAUUCUUAAAGCGUUUUACAUCAUAUGUGCAAGAGAAAACGGCAGGAAAGCCUAUUUUAUUCUAA